ACUUUGAAGUACCGUUGGAGGCAUUCCUAUUCCUACAACCUUGAAAUCCCCGAAACCCAAAAACCCCCUUUCUUUUCAUUCAAAACUAUUCAUUCCCCUCACCAACAUUCAUUCAUUCCUCUUCACCAUGGUCUGUUUCCUCGCAUGUUUUGGUCUCACCAAGAAACAAAGACGCCGUAAGCCCCGCAACAAAACUCAGCCCACACACCAGGUGCAGGGGAGGUAUGUGCCUCUAGAUUCUGAGAAACCCGAGGAACCGGAUUCCGAAACUAGAAGUGAUGGUUCUGUAAGUAAAGAAUCACUGGCUGUAAAGGUCAAGAAGAAAGUGAGCUUUAAUUUGAAUGUGAAGACAUAUGAGCCUUUGCAUCAAGAGGAGAUUGAAGAUGAUGAUGAAGAGAAACCCAAGUGUGAAUACCCUUCAGACUAUAGGUACUAUAAUUGCAGGGAGAGUUUUGAUGAGGAGGAUGAGAUACAGCUCGAGGAGAGUGAUCUCGAAGAUGAUGAGGAUAUUGAUGAUUAUGACGGUGAUGAUGAAGAUUAUACUCGUGACGAUAAUGAAGACAAUCAUCAUAUGUUAAAACAGAAAACAGAAAACACAGCUGCGGUGUCAGGUGGAGAUGAACCGAAGAGCAGAGUUCUGUUGUCUGAUUCAUGUGAAUCGAACCGGAACACUAGAAAUAGAAGUCAGUAUGUGAAUUCUGUGCUAAAUCCAGUUGAAAACCUCACUCAAUGGAAAGCAGUUAAAGCACGAGAACGAGAACGAACACAAGUCAAGAAUCAAAAGGAGAACAUCAGACUCGAGCAAGAAGAAGAUCACAAACCUGCAAUUGCAAAGUCACCUUCAGAUCCUCUAUCUCUGUGCAAUAAGCGCAAUGUGAGUGACUUCCAGCCUCCAUCGCGUGACCUUCAAGUUGACGCCAGUCUCUCGAAUUGGUUGAUAUGGUCCGAGAAUAAACCGCCAUCAGGAGCAGUGUCCCUGCAAAAAUGGGCAAGCUGCUGAGCAAAAAACACAAAUGUAGACUACAAAGAAGGGAACCUGGGUGCUAUUUUCUCGUGGUCUGCUCUCCAUACUGCUUUUCUUUCAUUUCCAAUUCUUUCGUACUCCAUUUACCAAUUCCUUUGGGAUAGAAUGUUACCAGGGACUUCUGUAUGUUGUCUGCAAAUGUAUCUGAUGUUGUUUGUAUUCAUAUACCGAGUGCACGGAAAAUAAGAGAUUUCCAGUUCUUCAUGUACAAGAAAGAGAGAUCUCUGAUGAGUGUUUUGCAGCUCCAAGCCAGUAUAUGUGUUUAUAAAUCUUUACAUAUUAGGUGUUUUUGUGAGACAA